CCACUGGCCUUCCCAGGUCUGUCCUUGUCGCCGACCCCUGGAUAGUAGAUAGAUUGAUCGACCGGCCAGAUUCCGGACGCUAGCCAGGGCCAUCUAAUUAACUCGGGCACCGAUAUGAAGGCCAUGUCAAUCGAGUGGGGGUGUCUCAUGGACAAACUCGUCCUGCAAUGGGGUAAUUUCGGCGAAAACCCAGGACGUGGUGUUAAGACGGGGUGCUUUGUCGAAUCCUUCCCCUCCAACCUCCCUUACGACCAUUGUUAUCACCCUGAUUAUCGCAGUUCCAAUCUUCCACCGAUUAUCCAACUAUGGCAGCCACUCCGGUGCAGGAAGGGACCGUUGAGUUCCAACAUGCCAGUCUGCCGCGGGCUGCCCAGACCUGGUAUCGGGUCUACGGCGACCUCAAGGCGGGCACUCCCUUGGUGGUCUUGCAUGGCGGGCCAGGCUUCUGUCACAACUACAUGCUACCCCUGGCCGGGUUGGCCCCCGACCGUGCCGUCAUUCUGUACGAUCAGAUCGGAAACGGGCUAUCCUCCCAUUACCCGGAGAAACGGGGCGACCAGGGAUUCUGGACCGUCGAUCUGUUCAUCGCUGAGCUGGAUAACCUGCUCCAACAACUAGGCAUUGCCGGUCAUUUCGAUCUGCUGGGCCAUUCCUGGGGCGGCAUGCUGGGAUUGGAUUUUGCCGCUCGUCAACCAGCCGGACUGCGCCGUCUGAUUCUCUCCAAUAGCCCGGCUUCGGCCGCCUUAUGGCUGGAAUCGGUCAAUCGGCUUCGCGCUACCCUGCCAGAGGAGAUCCAAGACACGCUGCAGCGAUGUGAAACCGAAGGUCGGCUCGAGUCCAAAGAGUAUGAAGAUGCGACGGUGGAGUUCCUGUCCCGAUUUUGUUGCCGGGCGCAGCCCUGGCCCGAGGAGCUCAUGCAAAGUCUCGUCUGGGCCACGGAAAAGGAUUCCACCAUUGUGUCCACCAUGCUUGGACCAUCUGAAUUCUGGAUCGAAGGCUCCCUCAAGGAUUGGAGUGGGCUGGACCGCCUGCACCAGAUCCAGGUCCCCACGCUGGUGAUCAAUGGCAAGUACGAUGAAGCACAGGACAGCGCCGUCGAGCCACUCUUCUGGGGGAUCGACAAGGUGAGGUGGAUCACCAUGGCGGAGAGCUCACAUUGCCCCCAGUUCGACGACUGCGAGAGAUACCUCCAGAUUGUCGGCGAGUUUUUGGGUCGCUCUACCUAG